UGUAGUCAGCAGAACGAGAGGCUGAGCGGAGCGGCGCAGCAUCCACAGCUACAGCAUCCUGCAGAUGACUCUGCUCCAUGGAGGAGAGGAAGGGAAAAAAAGAGCCAGCGCUGGAGAGAAAAAGGUAGCUCCACAGAUGAAGAGAGGCAGAGAGGGGGAGACAGGCGCAGCGGGAGUAAGAGUGCGAAAUGAAAGGAACUGAGUAAACACCGCUGCCUAAGGAUCACUGCAGUUCUACUAAAUCUGGAGCUGUCACGCCAACCCUCAGCGAAGCAGUGAGUGAGAGAGGCAAGAAAACAGAGGAGGAAAAAAAAGAAGUGAUUUGAAGAGCUGACCUCAUCACCCUGGAUGAGCAGGGAUGGGAACCCCAAGAGCCUCUCCAUCAGCAGAUCAAACUUCACACAGGAAAAGUGCCUUCAGAUCACCAGUCUGAAUCUGCCACUUCAGAGGAGUGACAUAUACGGCAAAAGAAGAGUUAUCCUGGUAGUUCCCUAAAGGUCGAACAAACCUCAUACAGGAUCUGUGACUACUGCACUGCUCAGCACAGCUCAAGUCUCUCUUCCCCCCUCAGUCCUCCUUCGCACCUGCCUGCUCUUGGCGAAUGUCUUCUCUGCAUACACUCCCACUGCUCAGCAGUUGAACACACUCAUGGUCGAUGCCAAGGGAAGGAACAUGAAAUGUCUGACUUUCUUCUUAAUGCUUCCCGAGUCAGUGAAAAGCAAGUCAAGUAAAAGCUCCAAGAAGGGGAAUGCCAGUGGCAGCUCCAAGCUGCCCCCAGUCUGUUAUGAGAUAAUCACUCUGAGGAGCAAGAAGAAGAAGAAGAUGGCAGCAGACAUUUUUCCCACCAAAAAACCGGCAUCCACCACCACAGUGCAACAGUACCAGCAGCAGAACCUCAACAACAACAACACCAUACAGAACUGUAACUGGCAGGGACUCUACUCCACUAUAAGAGAAAGAAAUUCAGUAAUGUUCAACAAUGAGCUGAUGGCAGAUGUUCACUUUGUGGUGGGUCAGCCUGGAAGGACUCAGCGACUGCCAGGACACAGGUAUGUGUUGGCUGUGGGCAGCUCAGUGUUCCAUGCCAUGUUUUAUGGUGAACUUGCUGAGAAUAAGGAUGAAAUUCAUAUACCAGAUGUGGAACCAGCAGCAUUUCUGGCAAUGCUGAAGUACAUUUACUGUGAUGAAAUUGACCUGAGUGCUGACACAGUGUUGGCCACUCUUUACGCUGCUAAGAAGUACAUUGUCCCUCACCUGGCACGUGCCUGCGUCAACUUCCUGGAGACCAGUCUGAGCGCCAAGAACGCCUGUGUGCUGCUUUCCCAGAGCUGCCUGUUUGAGGAGCCAGAGCUGACACAGCGCUGCUGGGAAGUGAUUGAUGCCCAGGCCGAGCUGGCGUUACGCUCGGAGGGCUUCUGCGACAUUGAUGCCCAGACCCUGGAGAGUAUCCUACAGCGAGAGACACUCAACGCUAAAGAGAUAGUGGUAUUUGAAGCUGCACUAAACUGGGCUGAGGCUGAGUGCCAGAGACAAGAGCUCACGUCUUCGACUGACAACAAGCGGAAAGUUUUGGGCAAAGCCAUGUACCUGAUACGCAUCCCUACAAUGGCUCUGGAUGAUUUUGCCAAUGGUGCAGCCCAGUCGGGCGUGUUGACGCUAAAUGAGACCAAUGACAUCUUUCUGUGGUACACAGCAGCCAAGAAGCCUGACCUGCAGUUUGUCAGCCAGCCGAGGAAGGGCCUGACACCCCAGCGCUGCCACAGGUUCCAGUCCUGUGCCUACCGAAGCAAUCAGUGGCGCUAUCGGGGCCGCUGUGACAGUAUACAGUUUGCAGUGGAUAAAAGGGUUUUCAUCGCUGGGUUUGGACUUUAUGGAUCUAGCUGUGGCUCAGCAGAGUACAGCGCCAAGAUUGAGUUGAAACGUCAGGGAGUACUGCUAGGACAAAACCUCAGCAAAUACUUCUCCGACGGCUCCAGCAACACCUUCCCAGUGUGGUUUGAGUAUCCAGUCCAGAUCGAGCCUGACACAUUCUACACUGCCAGCGUGGUUCUCGAUGGGAACGAGUUGAGCUACUUUGGACAGGAAGGAAUGACGGAGGUACAGUGUGGGAAAGUGACAUUUCAGUUCCAGUGCUCCUCAGACAGCACUAACGGCACUGGGGUACAGGGCGGCCAGAUUCCUGAACUUAUCUUCUAUGCUUGACAACACCUGCAUUAACAUUUGACUGAUUUCAGUGCACUUACAGAAAAUAGAAAUUUAUCACUUUGUGCAUAGUGUCACUUUCGGUUAUUAUUUAUUUUUGUCACUAUCGUGCAAAAAAAAAAAAAAAAAAACUGAUCUCAGACCUGUGAAAGGGCCUUAUGUGAUUUUGAUUUAAGUAAAUGGCCCACUUGAGUAGGACCAGAUAUACGUUUCAAGAUGUUGUUGUCCAAAUACAUGGAUUAACUAAAAGAUAAAAAAUAUCUCGCACUAGGUGUGCAUGUAUAUAUGAAGAUAUGUAAAUUCUGAAAUGUAUAUUAUGCUACAAUUGGGGCCAAUGCUGGCCAUAGAGAUAUCUUAUAUAAUGAAUAUGCUACAGUAUGUUUCUUAUUUCUAUGCUUGCAUAGAAUGCACAUAUAUAGCAGCAAUACUUCACAUUAUACGAUGAGCAUUUCAUGCCAUGACUCAGUCUGGACCAUCAACAUAAUAAUAUAAGUGAAAAAGGCUGUAUGAUAUUAAAAAAAUAACAUAAAACUUCAAGUCAUGAUCAAGAGCACUGUUUGUCCUGUUUUAGUAUGUAAUAUCCAUUUGUAUUUGAGAGGUUUCAACCGAAUUUGCAGCUUUUAUAAUUCUCUGAAUCUAGUAUUGGGGCACUUAGAGAGGGCUUGAGGGGUCUUAGAUUAGGGAGCACUAGAUAUACUGAGUCACACAACCCUUACAGUAUCUCUCUGUAGCAUGUUGCUCUCCACCUACACUCAUCUUAGUCACUUCAGCAAGGUUUUAUUUAGAUCAAUGUCAUUAUGUUUACAGGGAAAAUUAGGACUUGAAAUGAUUACCAUUCACUGCUACAUGGUAGAGUGAAAGAUUUCUUUGGUUUUCUAUCUAAAUCUGCCUGCACUGCAGUACUUACUUACAGCAUGGGCAGACCUGUUCCAUUUCAUCUGAUCUGUGUACUACUAAUUGUCCUGGCGCCUUCGUUUUAUUUACAGCAAAAAAGAUUAACGAUUGAUUCAGCGUUCGAAGCUGUUUAUCUUAUGGACUUUUACUUCUUUUUGUUAAAAACCCUGUGCACUCUGAACUGCUGGGCACUCCCUCCCAAUGUGAUCAUACAGUAUCAGCAUUUGCAGAAGCAUACUGUAUAUGCUACAGAAUUGCACUGAUGUUGGUCUGUAAAUGAAUUUGACAUUUUGUUUUACUUGAGGCAGAUUUUUAUUUUUUAUGUUUUUUUGAUUUACUGUGCUACUGAAUAUUCUAUCUGGUGUAGGAUAAACAUCCACAGGCUUGUCUGCUGAUGACAACGGAUGAGGAAACUGGUGUUCAUGUCCUGUGUUUACGUGCUACAGUGCUGGGAGACCAACGAAUGUGUAUGGUUGUUGAUGAUGCAAAUAAAACAAAACAAGUGGUAUAUAA